AUGGGAUUUCUGACGGAUCACCAGCACACCUCAAUUACAGAUACGAUUGACCGAGUUGUGUCGUCGGAGAACUUUACUUUAGAAGUGGAACUUGCGUCACUCAUUCAGCAAAUUCGGUCUGGAAAGGGGGAUUAUGCCUACAGUAAUAAUCAAGGUGAAGCGGCCAGAUGUCUGCGCAAAAAGUUGAAAUAUGGCGAUAGAAUCCAGCAGUCGCGUGCUCUGGAACUUUUGAACCUGUUUGUGUCGCAACGCAUCAAGUUCCCGGAGGUGUACAAUGACGCCAAGUUGCUGGACAGACUGAAAGUCAUCGCGCUGCAAUCCAAUACGGACGGCCGUGGCGUUCGUUACCAUCCCAAAAUUGUGAAGAAAUGCAUUGCAUACAUUUUGGGGUGGUAUGAAAUGAUCGAAGAACAGGGUCCCAGUCAUAGUUAUGACGGUCUUUACGAAUUGGGACGCAAGGUUAGGACCAAAUAUACCACCAAAGCCCGCACAGGUGCCAAGAGGCGCACGACUUUCAUGAACGAUGAGGCCGACGCCUCGUUUAUGUCUCCCGAUGAGCGCUAUGGAAUCCCAUUAAUCGAUAUGCAAGAGGAAGGGCCUCGCAUUAGACUGUUGAUUAGCGAUUCUCUGGCCUCUGCCAUCUCCCUUAAAAACACCUUGAAAACAUUGCCAUCUUCGAUGCAAAGCACAAAUAGCGAAGAGGCCACCGCUAAAUUUGUCCAGGCUCGCGCUGUGCGUCGCAAAGUUUUAAGAUAUUUACAAUUGGUCACCGAAGGAGAAUUCUUGGGCAGUUUGAUCCAUGCCAAUGAAGAAUUAGUGAAAGCUUUGGCAGAUUAUGAUAAAUUAAGUGGUGAAAUUUCUGACGAGGAGACCAUCAUUUCGGCUUACGACGAAGACGAAGACGAUAAUGGCUCUGCGUUAUCUUCUACUUUUUCCGGAAACCCUGAGCCAGUUGAUUCAAACGAUCCAUUUGGAGACCAAAAUCACAUCUAG